AUGUCUCUAUUCUCCGUCCCCAUAGGAGCGUGGGUGGAUCUCUGUCCGCGUUUACCGCUAGCUGCCUUCGCGAUCUCCGCGCAAAACGCCGCUCUGUUUCUCGCCGCGAUCGCCGUCGCCGCUCUGCUCUACCUCGCCGACUAUCUCGCCGCACCCGCCGCCGCGAGCCCCGCUGGGUCCGAGCUAUUCGCGUGGGUGGCCGGAGCAGUCGAAACGGGAGCUGACGUGGCACUGGUGGCGGCGGUUUGCGUGCUGGGCGCCGCGGCUGCUCUCGCUGGAUUGGCGCGCGGGAUCGCGGUGGAGCGUGAUUGGGCGGUGGUGAUUGCGGAUUGGGUUUGCGAGCAGGAAGGUGCUGCGAAAGGGGGAUGCGGGCGGCAGGGGGAAUGGGAGGACAGGGGAGAAGACGAAGCGGAGAGAGGGGGAGUUUUCCAGGCGGGGUUGGCUUGUAACGAAUCAGCGCGGCGUGGGAAAGAGGAGGGGAGGGAGGGGGCGGGGAGAGAGGAGGGACAGAGAGAGGAGGAGGGGGGACACCAGUUACAGACGCACGUUGGAGGCAAGAGUGGUUUCAGCGGAGCAGGGGAACGAGAGGUGGCUGAUUCUAGAGGUGGAGGAGGUCAUCUGGAGAAGGCAGCGCAUGCAGAGGAGCUUCUAGCUGGGCAGCAACAGGGGCAGCAGGAGAGGCAGGAGGGGCAGAAGGAGGGGCAGCUGGAGGGGCAGCUGGAGGAACAGAAAGAGCAGGAGGAGCAGGGGGGUGAGCAGAGGGAGCGCGUGCGAGCACGGCUCAACUCCACUCUUCGCACCAUCGACCUGCUGUGCCGCCUGCUCGCCCCUGCCCUCACUGGCGCCCUCAUGGCCGCUGCCUCUGCCUCCGCCUCUGCCUCCGCUUCCUCCUCCCCUUCCGCCGCACCCCCUUCGGCCCUCGCAUCUACCCCCGCCUCGUCCGCACGCGCAGAAUUGCUGCCAGUGUCGCUGCCGCUCGCCAUGGCCGUGUGGGUUCUCGUGGCUGCUGCUGCCGAGCUGCUGCUGCUGGCGCUCGUUCACUCGCAGGUGCCCGCGCUGGGGGCGAGGCGCAAGGAGAGAGGCGGGGAGGAGGACGAAACGGCUGGUGUGGAGGAGAGGGAAGGUGAGGGAGGGGACGAGGAAGAGGAGGAAGAAGAGGAGGACGAGGAAGCGGAGGAGGAAGAGGAGGAAGAAGGGAGAGAGGGAGGGGUGGCGCGUGGAGGGGACGAUAAGAAUAGAGCGGGGAAUGUUACGAGUCAAGUGAAGACACAAAUUGACGAUGAGGAUGUUACGGGGAAUGGGCAUGAGGGAGGGGAUAAGCAGAUGCUGGUGCCUUCAGCCGCUAAUCCAACGUCACCUGCUCCUAUCACCCCCUCAGACUCCCCAGCCGCCGCUAUCAUCACCACCACCACUGCCACCAAGAGCAGCAGCAGCAGCAGCGAGCCUCCCCUCAUUCCCUCCAUCGCCCACAACCCCUCCUUCUUAAACCACCUGCUCUCCUCCCUCCACCACCUCCGCCUCCUCCUCACCUCCUGGCUGACCACCCUUCGCUCUGCCUGGACCAUCUACCUCCGCCAAACCUCCCUCCUCCCCUCGCUCGCCCUCGCCCUUCUCUACCUCACAGUGCUCUCCUUCGGAUCCCUCAUGUGCGCCUACCUGCACUCCCAAGGCGUUCCUCUCGGUCUCCUAGGCUCGGCAAGCGGCGCCGCAGCCGUCACCGGCGUGCUCGGAGCGACCCUCUUCCCGAGCCUCUGCGCCAGGCUCGGGCCGAGCCGGACCGCCGAGGCCUCCGUGUGGUCGCAGCUGGCGUGCCUCCUGCCGUGUGUCGUCGCGGGAUUGGUUCUCCAGUCGUCAGGGUCGAUCCCAGCAGUGCUGCUGAUGGCAGGAGUGGUAAUCUCGAGAGCUCCUCUCUGGGUGUUUGACCUUUCAGUGCUGCAGAUGGUGCAGGGGGCGGUGGUGGAGGAGGAGAGGGGCGCAGUGGGGGGAGUGCAGGAGUCGUUGCAGCAGGGAAUGCAGCUGGUGGUGUUGGUGCUAGCAGCGGUGAUUAGCAGGCCAAGGGAUUUCUGGGUGCUGACAACUGUGUCGGGAGGGGCGGUGAUGCUGGCGGCGGUGCUAGUUAGUGUGGAUCGGAGGGGGAGGGGGGGUUUGGGGCGAAUCAAAAGGGGUGGUUGGCAAAAGCAAGCUGAGGGGCUUCUGGAAGCGGAUGGAACGCCCAGCACCACCACUCUUUCCAACCGACCCAAUUCCAUGACCGAAGCUGUCAAACUCCUUGGGGGAGCUCUUGCAUUGUCCCAACCCAACUCGAGCACCCUUUGA